CGGCCAGCCAAUUGGCGGCGGCCGCAGAGGACGGCGGCGCCUCCCCAGGAUGCUCGUGCUCGCCGCCGCCGAUCAAACCAGCCGCCGGCCGAGGAAGGAAGAAGCGGCUGUGGGGGAGCCUGGCGGGCGGCCUCGGCCGCUGGUAGCCCCUCGAGAGACGGGGGCUGCCGCUCGGGCCGCCAAGUGCUGGCGCCAGGCUCUGUAUUAUGAAAAAAGAGGAAAAGGGACAGACUCUUUUAGCCAUCUUCUGGACAUGAAAGAUGAACAGAUUAUUCUGCCCAACAAUGUUGUUGCUGUAGCAGUUAGAAUCUAUGAUGAAGAACACAGCCAAUCAACACACAGAAAUGUCAUCAUUGUUUGUUAUGUGAUGUGUGUGCACACUAACUUCACCGGUAAGAAGUAAAUAAUCUUCUGACCAACACAAGGAAGAGGCAAUGCAGCAGGAGCCUCCUGUUGAAAUCUCUUGUGCAAUACACAGUCGCAAUGACAUUGGUGCCAGUGGAUUACGGGCAUCAUGGGAGCAUCUUACCUGAGCGAGAAAGGGAUGAAGGGAUCAUGUGGCCCAGUUUCUGUAAAAUACAUACUUUGUGCUUGGGUCUGGCAGUGCUGGCUCUUCUAGUAUUAGUCCACAACUUUUAUCAGUUAGAGAAUCUGGAUCAUGACACAGGUUUAAAAUGGCUGAUAGAAGAUGAUGACCAGCAGUCUUCAUCACAGGCGACUAAAAUACCCCGAAAGCUGUACUGUGGUUAUGAGCACCAAGUGUUGUCCAAGAGAGAGCAAAGGGAAGAAGAUUCCUUAUUUGCUGCUAUCCAGUGGCCCAAACCCCCAAAGAACAAAAUCCCAUUUGUGAGGAGCACUGACCCUUCUCAUAGCAGCUUUGUUAUUCUGAAUCCUCACAUGCAUUUCAGGGUUGGUGAUCAGUUGGAAGUGUUGGUCUAUAUGAAGGACUAUGAAGGGAAACCAAAGCAAUAUGGCGGAGACUACCUUCAGACAAGAAUCCACUCUGCUCACCUGAAAGCUGGAGCCACUGGAAGGGUUGUAGAUUACCAGAAUGGAUCCUACAGAGUUUUUUUCACUUUACUAUGGCCAGGAGAGGUCACAGUAUCAGUGUCCUUGGUCCAUCCUAGUGAAGGGAUCCAAGUCCUUCAACGUUUACGAGAAGAAAAGCCAGAUAGGGUCUACUUUAAAAGCUUAUUCAAAUCAGGGAGGGUAUCAGAAACUACUGUGUGCAAUGUGUGUUUGCCUGGAGACAUGCCAGUCUGUAACUUUACAGAUCUCUACACUAGUGAGCCAUGGUUUUGCUACAAGCCAAGAAAACUCUCCUGUGCCACCAGGACCAGCCAUUACAAAGGGGGAUAUCAGAAGGGCCUUUUAACCUCAGAAGAGAGCCUCCUUUUCCAAAGUGAUGUGAAUAUCAAAGUGCCAAUAUUCUCAGGUGGUCCCGAUACAGUGAUUGUAAGGUCUUUGGGGCAUGCAGAGAUGGACAAUCUGGAAAGAUCGCAGAGCCCUGAUCUAUUUCCUUCUGGUUAUUAUUAUCAAGAUGAAUGGAGGCCAAGAACCCAGUGGAUUCAGCAUUUUAACAAGUCAUCAGAUAUUACUGAAUGUUUACAGGGGAAAGUUAUCCACUUGUUUGGAGAUUCUACAAUCAGGCAGUGGUUUGAAUAUCUAACAUUGUUUGUUCCAGAUCUUGUGGAAUUGAACCUGGGCAGCCCUAAAAAUGUUGGUCCCUUCAUGUCUGUGGACAUAAAGCACAAUAUCUUGCUAAAUUUCCGCUGUCACGGGCCUCCGAUUCGCUUUACUACCGUUUUUAGCAGUGAACUGCAUUACAUCGCCAAUGAACUGAAUCGCAUAGUAGGUGGGAGAAACACUGUGAUUGCCAUAACUAUCUGGUCUCAUUUUAGCACUUUCCCUGUAGAAGUGUACAUCAGGAGACUGAGAAACAUUCGUAGGUCAGUUGUUCGGCUGUUGGAUCGGAGCCCCAAAACUCUGGUAAUCAUCAGGACAGCCAAUGUCCAGGAGCUUGGGCCAGAAGUUAGCCUUUUCAACAGUGACUGGUAUUCAUAUCAGCUUGAUACAAUCAUGAGGAAGAUGUUCUCAGGAAUUGGAGUCUACUUUGUGGACGCUUGGGAGAUGUCACUGGCACAUUACCUGCCACACAAAUUACACCCAGAAGAUAUCAUUGUGAAAAAUCAGUUGGAUGCUUUCCUAUCUCUUGUGUGUCCACCAGAAACAUAUUAUAGUCUACUGAGAGGAAUUCAUAAUCAAAUGUGGUCACUGCUGCUAUAGUAUGGUUUUGAAUAUACCUGCACUACUUAUUUACCAUUGCUAAUUUAAGAUGACUGUAACUUGCAUCUGAUUCAUCCAGACUGCAUUGUAGCAGGCAUAUACAUAUUUACAGCAAAUGAAGUUCAGUUCAGAGAGAUUCACAUACAUUUCUGUAUCACUUCCCAGUUGGCAAAAUGUUGUACAGUUGUUACAUUUGAUUGUACAACAGGCAAGUCAUUAUUUUAUUAAAAUUUCCUUCAUUGCAGUAUUAAUAAACAUAAUUUGGCCAUGA